UAAAAUGAUUUUAAAUAUCGAUAUAAUAAGUUUUUGCGGCCGCGGCGCAAUGGUUACAUCGCUUGCUUUAUAAGCAGGAGAUCGAGGUUCGAAACGAGCUCUGGACACGUUUUCGCGUCACGGUAAGGAAAGAGGCGUGCACUUCCGCGACAAGACCGUAAGGUCUUCUAGGGGCACCUAAAUAACAAAAAAAAUAAAAUAAAAAAAUAAUUUUUUUUUUUUUUUUUGCAACGCCAUCUUUACCACUAACAUUUCAUACAAAUUAAAGAUUGCCGCACUUACGUAAAAUAAACAAAUGUUAUAGUGUUGGGAAAAUAAAAAAUUUUGGAAGACGAAAAUAAUGUUUUCAAGUGAGUGUAAAACGCGAAAUUGCACAAAAAGCAAGUUUAAUGGAAGUCCUAACCCUCUUGCAAAUACAGAACCACCCACAAACAGACAGAUUAUUCAAGAAUUUUAUUUUCUUAACAAUACUUAUCCAAGUUUUUGCUUUAGCGUAAUGUUUAAUACUUAUCUAAGUUUUUGCUUUAGCCUAAAACUUAUAGCUGAAAAAAUAAUCAUGAUAUGGAGAAAAGUUAACACUCGGCUACCAUUUAUGUCCUCUUAUUGUGUAGAAAAAAGUUGGAGUACUUCUAAACAUAUCCAGAUUCCUGUAGAAAAAAGGUUAUAUAUGAAAGACCAGAGAGAAAAGUCAGGUCCAAAUAUAUCAUUACAACUUGGCUCAGUUGAUCGUAAAUGGUCUAGAAAAGAAUCUUUAAAGAAACAUAAAACUGAAUACAAAAAUGUGGAAGAGUCAUUACAACAAGAAACAUUUAAUUUAUUUCCAGAAUUACUAUUAUCAGAAUCUGAUUCAGAACCUGUCAUUUCUAGCUCUAGUGAGAUAUAGGAGCCUGAAAGAAAUCCAUCAGGAAUCUACAAUCUUUGGAAGUUUCCAAAAUUUACUAUUGAGAUGAUCAGAAGCGAUAAAGGAAGUUCGAUUGGAGUUGCCUUAGGGAAUGCUCUUAUGCUCGAUCUAUCAGGGCUGUUUAAUGAUCCAGCAAUUGUAUCAACUUUUUAGACAAAUCCAAAAGACAUUUUAGACAGACAAAAAAAAGUAUUGUCAGACUUAAAAUCUGUUGAAAAUGACAGAGAGUUUGUUUGCUAUGGUGUUGAUUUUAAAAUUGAUAAUAAAAAUUUAGUUAUAAGAGAAAUAAAAAAAGAAGAUUUUGAGUUUGUGUUAAAGAGAUCAACAGAGAAAGAAGAUCACAUGACUGUGAUUAAAGAACUUCUCCCUAUACAGAAUCUUUUAUUUAUAUAAUUUCAACUUUUGAUAGAUAUUUCAAAGGUUUUUAAUAAUCUUGAUUAAAAUUUAACCUAUUGGGUAAAUUUAACUUAUCUGAAAUAAUAAGGAUAGUUUUCUAUUUUACAAAUAUUCUAUUAUAUAGCCCAGGCGUCGGCAACCUAUUUUAAGUAGAGAGGUUUUUCCUAAAAUAAUUAAAGUAAAUCUUCCUUAAAUAAUUUUAAAAAAGGAGUUGCAGGAUGUUUGAAACAUAGUUUUAAAUCAAAAUAUUAUGUAAUUUGGACAGACUGGAGAGACACGGAAUUUAAACAACUUAGUAGUAGAAUGAGACUCGCUACCCACUUGUUGCUGACCCCUGAUGUAACCAUUAAACAAAUUUUCUGCAUUUUAAUUUUGUGUUUUUUUUAUAAAAUCCGGACCAGAAUUUACAAAAGAAUUAUGUUAAAGUGUUAAUAUCUAACUUAGAAAAAAAUAUAUAAUUUUGAUUUAGAGUA